GACAGAGCUAUUUUUAGGCUGGUUUUCCAUCGAUUGGGCCACUAAAUAUCCCAUCUUAGAUUAGCCAAAUCUGUUUUUGCUUGGCUUUUAUUUCUGUCAGACAGAUAUUGCUAUCCAAAUACGUUGUUCAGGGCAGUAGUAGGUGGGAGUAUUGAUGCGAGUGUGGAUACAGAACGUUCAUCAUGUUAUAUGCGGAGAAAGACAUAUUUUGUGAGUAUGUGUCCUCCAUGUGGAGGAUAUUGACGUAUGGCAUAAUUUAAGCUGCCAUUGGAGAUCGUUUCUAACGUCUACUUAUCUCAAGAGGGUAUGUAUCAGGUUGUCAAGUUACGAUAUAUGCAUCUCCAUUCUCUAUGAAACGUUUUUAUGUGAUCUAUUUCUGUUCCUGUUACUUGUUGGUUUUCGAAAGAUAAAUUGAGUACUGGACUGGAAACGUAAACUAGAGCUCUAGAUCGGAAGAGCUUAAGCAAGCGGUGCAUUGCAGUCAACGGCUUUUAACGCGAGGCGAUAUCGAUGUGCUUGAGCCAAAGUGGUUUAGUGGGCUAUUGAAGAAUGUCUGUGUUUUUCUUCGUGUUUUUUAUUUGACGGAGUUUUGCCUCUAGAGUUGUGUUUUGCAAUUGAGGUCCGCUUUUCUGAAGAGGGUCUAUAGAGCUAAAGGACAUGGAUUGUUGGGACAAGGAGGAAAUGGAGUUUGGGCUGAAGAGGAAAAGAAGAUCACUGGAUUUAUUCAGUGGGAAUUCAUUUGAGACUGUUCCUGGAAUCACGGAGGAUCUGGUUACUAGUAAUAACAUUGAUCCAGCGGGGGAAUUGAAAGAGCUGGAUCUUAUCAGGUGUCUAAUGAAGAGCAGCAGCAGUUCUAAGGACAAUAAUUUGGCUAGUUACAGCAGUGGUGUGGACUGCACACUGUCUCUGGGGCUGCCCCAUACUGUGCUAUCUCCAGAGGAACAACACGCCAUGCACGUUUUGAAGGAAAAGACCAUGCAAGCUAGCUUCAACGUCAUACAAAUAAUGAAGUCUAAGCUUCUUUCACACAAGAUAACAAAUUCUGAAUUGGAAGCCUCAUACAACAUAGUUGCUCCAUUUAGUGGAUUAUACAAUAUGUCAUCAUCAGCAAACAACAAUAUUUACAGAUCCCAACCGUACAAAUCUUGCAUGAGUACUGCAGGCAAUGCUGCUACCACUUCUAUAACUACAACUUGGUCUUCAAAUACCCAUUCCAGUUCGAAUUUGAUGGAUUCCAAGGACAUUCUGGCAUUUAAAAACUAUGCAACAGGUUUGGGAUCCGAACUGCUAUUACCAACAAGACCCAGCAAGACAAGUAACAGUAGCCCCGUGAGAUAUAAUAAUGGCAGCUCCAUAAGAAUAGUACAACAGAAGCAGAUAAGAAAUCUUAGUUCAGAUGACGCAGCAAGAAGUUGCUCUACAUGUCAUACCACUACGACCCCAUUGUGGAGGAACGGUCCUAAGGGUGCCAAGUCUCUAUGCAAUGCAUGUGGCAUCCGAUACAAAAAAGAAGUGAGGCGUGUUGCAUCUGCCAUGGCUGCUGCAGCAGAAACUAACAACCAGUUUGUAAAGGCACCAUGCUCCAACUCCAUUGGAGAUCAUGAUAAUCAUAUCCCUGCAACUCCACAACUUAAGCCUUUAAAAAAAUUGAAACUCUAACCCUUGGGGUCUAGGAAUUCUCUUUACCGAUUGCUACUUUCUGAAGGCAUAAAUUGAUCAAUCUAGAAUUACAAACUUGCCGCUAGGAGCAGAUUCCAGAAUCUGAUUGCAUAGGGAAUCAGCUCACAAAGAAUUUGUAGCAUAUGAAGAGUUACAAUUCAAAUGGGGCUUGGCUGCAACCUUCCAUGAACUCUCUCUUUUCAUUUGUAAUUAUAAUCCUAUCCUUGUCUUGACAAGAUAAAGGACGGACAGGUUCUACUCACUGAUGGAUAAUUGCACUCAAACUAAUUAUACCAUUUGUAUACUUAUAAACUAUUCUUUCUUGUUCUACAAUAUUUUUACUUUUUAUCUUGACAAGGUAAA